AUGCCAUUUGGCCUUAAGAAUGCAGGUGCGACAUAUCAACGUCUCAUGGACAAAGUCUUCGCGAAUCAAAUCGGCAGAAACAUUGAGGUCUACGUUGACGAUAUGGUCGCAAAGACAAAAACCGGCAACAAUCACCUUGAUGACCUCGCCAAAAUCUUCGGACAACUAAGAACAUACAACAUGCGGCUAAACCCCGAGAAGUACGCAUUUGGGGUCCAGAGUGGCAAAUUUCUCGGCUUCCUGCUCACUAGCCGAGAAAGGAAAAAGCAGCAAUUCCCUAUCUAUUUUACCAGUAAAACAUUACAGAAUGCCGAGCUUCGAUAUCCGACCAUUGAGAAGCUGGCCCUAGCCCUUGUCUUCUCGGCCAGAAGACUCCGACCAUAUUUUCAGAGCCAUGAAAUCCACGUUCGAACAGAUCAUCCUCUACACCAAGUCCUUCAGAAACCAGAGCUGGCUGGCCGACUAGUAAAAUGGUCGGUGGAACUUUCAGAAUUUGAUAUCAAAUACGAAGGGCGAACAUCUAUCAAAUCCCAAUUCUUAGCCGGCUUUAUCACUGAAUUCUCAGUAUCAGACACAGCCGAGGGCUACAUCGAAUGGUCCUUAUACGUCGACGGCUCCUCCAACCCACAAGGAUGUGGAGCAGGUAUCAUACUUGAUGAUGCCCACGGCAACGUCAUCGAGCAUUCCCUCCAUUUCCCAUUCAAAGCGAGCAACAAUCAAAGUGAAUAUGAAGCCUUAAUUGCCGGCCUUAGACUCGCUGCCGACCUAAACAUUACCGAACUUAAGCACAUACCCAAGGAGAGUAAUGGCCGAGCUGACAUUCUGUCUAAACUAGCCAGUACUAAACCAAACAGGUCAUCCCUUUACCAAUCUAUAUUGCUUAAGCCAAGCAUUGAGCUCACAGAAAUCUUAAGUGUUACACAGGAAGCAGACUGGAGAUCUCCAUACAUGGACUAUCUUCAGACAGGAAACUUGCCAGGCAAUGUCGAAAAUAUCCGCCACUUCCGCCGACAAGCCUCCUAUUUCACAAUUUAUAAUAACUGCCUAUAUAGACGAGGAUUCUCUCGUCCAUUACUAAAAUGUCUUUGCAGAACAAAAGCCGAGCUUGCACUUGCCAAGGCACAUGAAGGGAUCUGUGGUACACACCUCGGAGCCCGAAGUCUAUCUUCAAAAAUACUCAGAGCUGGACUAUACUGGCCGACGAUGCGAUAG